CAUGACGGACAUAUUUUGGUUUCUUUCAUCUGCGCAAUAGUGUUUUUCUUUCUUCAGUCUGAGUAAAGAAAAGAAAACAAAACGAAAAGGUGAAUUGAGACAUCAGCUAAAAAGGAAACCAGAAGUCAUACUCCAUUUUUUUAUUUUUUAUUUUUUUGCAUUUAACCAGCAGGGAUCACUCUCUCUGCUCUCAUCACCCUCACUCUUCAUCAGCCCGUCUCUCAGAUAAUCCUCAUCGUCCUGCCGCUGAGAUGUCGACUCCAGAUGCAGCAGGCACUCCUGGAGCUCCAGGGGGUCCGGAAGGUGAGGGAGGCCCUCCGGCUCCGGCCCCAAACCUGACCAGCAACAGACGGCUGCAGCAGACGCAGGCUCAGGUGGACGAGGUGGUGGACAUCAUGCGUGUGAAUGUGGACAAAGUCCUGGAGAGAGACCAGAAGCUGUCAGAACUCGACGACCGGGCCGACGCCUUGCAGGCCGGAGCCUCGCAGUUCGAGAGCAGCGCCGCCAAGCUCAAGAACAAGUACUGGUGGAAAAACUGCAAGAUGAUGAUCAUGAUGGCGGUUAUAGGAGUUAUAUGUGUCGGCGUCGUCUUCUUAUAUUUCUUCUACUGAGCUGCUUUUCAAGAAUGGAGAUGCAAGUCCCAGGACGAGUCUGCACCAACGAACGCUACCGCACCAAACCGAGUCUUUCCUCAGUGCGCCUCCUCUUCCUCAGCGACCUCUAUGCAUGGCCUUUAAUGUGCUCCUCCUGUCCUCUUUGCAAUGAGCAGGUUUACAGAUUAAAACAAAGGGUCACUAUAAUCAGUUGGUUUUGUUUGGGUGAGUUGUAGAAAGUCAGAAAGGUUUAUGGAUUUAAGAUUCAUGACAGAAAAAUUAGCCAACGUGACGUAACCUCUGUUUUAUCUAAAUCGCAUCACUUCCUGAAGCUGGCAGCUUCAUGUUUUGGAUUCAGUCACGAAUCAGUGGAGUUCCUUCUGCCUCUUUCAAGAGUAUUUGGAGCUGUAACCUUUAUUUCACAGAAGCCACUGUCAUACAAUAACUACUUAGUAGUUUUAUAAAUAAUUGACAUGGUCAAAAUUAUGUCAAGCUUUUUGAAUUCUGAAGCAGCUUUGAGCAUUAAGGUGCAGCAGAAUCACAGCAUGUCAUUGACAUAAAUGUCCUUCCAGUCCUUGCCUAUUGAAAUUAUGUGAAAAAUGUCAUGUUUUGUGUGUUGAGCCAAAGAGAACCACUGAUAAGAGAAGCAGAGUGUUUGUGGCCGAUUGUAGAUUAGAAUUUUACUCCUAUUAUAUUACAAAGAAAUCAAGUUGUGCACCUGGUAAGACUAACAUCUAUAUACAUCAUAUGGGUUAUUUUUAAGGAACACUAAAAGACAGCCACACCUAAAAUAUAUUGCUGUAUACGCUGUUAAAACAUGGCUGAAACUCCGAGCCCUUGCUGUACGUCAGUGUCACUCUGUUGGUGCUGCUACUGAUUUUAAACAACCCAACUUCUGUUUGAACCGUUUUCUGUUUGCUUUCACCCGUCCUGUGUUUAACUUCUGUGUUGUGAGUCGACUUGUAGUUUCCAUGCUUUGGAUGUGCAACACAUUAGUUCCCAGAACUUUUUUUUGUUGAAUUUUCAUGGAUGAAAACACUCAUUUAUGCUAUGUACCGUUGAAAUGAAUACGUUUAAUUCCAGACUGGCUGCUUGACACUUCGAGAAAAUUCUAAUAAAUUAGUAUUUGCUUUCAAUUGUCUUUUCUCUACUAGGAUGUUUUGUACCAAACUUGAGUUUCAUCAUGUAAAGUUGAGGUUAUUUUUUUAAUACUGUUUUUGAUCAACUCAGAUUACCAAAAUUAACUGUUUUUGCUAAAUUCCUGAACAGUAAGCAAAGUGAUAUUUUAAAGCUAAGUACUAUUUCUUUUUCUUAUUUUAUUUCAGCCAUCAAAACCAAACAAAAAACUUUAUUACAUUUUUUUAUUUAGGUCCCAAAAAAACCAUCAUAAUAACAUUAUAUCAAUAAUAUUAAUAAAGAAAUUGAAAAAAAAAAAAAAAAAAAAAAGGCGGAAAAUA